AUGGCUGUGUCGACAUUGCCCGCUUCCAAUCUGGACGAAGCGGCCGUGGCUGACUUCCACGAGACCCUCCUCCAGUCCAAGCGCAUUGUGGCCGUCCUCGGUGCUGGACUCUCAGCCGCCUCCGGCUUGCCCACUUACCGUGGUGUUGGCUCUGGAGGUCUCUGGCGCAAUUACGACGCCACCCAAAUCGCGACACCGGCUGCGUUCCGCCACGACCCGGGCCUCGUCUGGCAGUACACAAGCCAUUUGCGCAGACUAGCGCUGGGCGCAGCUCCAAAUCCCGCACAUUAUGCACUUGCAGAGUUGGCGCGCCGGGUUCCAGGUUUCAUGGCACUGACGCAAAACGUCGAUAACCUGUCUCCAAGAGCUGAGCACCCAGCAGCGCAGCUGAACCAGCUCCACGGAAACUUGUUUGACAUGCGGUGCAGCGACGAGGCAAAUUGCGGCUACAUCGAAAGAGGGAAUUUCAAAGACCCUCUCACUCCUGCCCUGGCGGCUUCACCUGAGGAGCAGGAUGCAACUGUGUCAAACAACGAAAGCGUGAAGAGACCAAAAGCCACAGCCUGGCUGCUGGAAGGCAUAGCACGGAAGAACAGGCAGAUCCUGGGUCAUGAUUACCAAGAAGCAGCACCUUUGCGGACAGACCAGGCGGCCUUAAAGUCAGGCGAUGACGAGAGCACCGAGUCGCGACUGGCAGUUGUGCCGGAGCCGUCCAAUAUCCCGCCUGCAGAUCUGCCUCAGUGUCCCAAGUGCUCAACGAACCUGCUUCGGCCUAAUAUCGUGUGGUUCGGCGAAGCCCUACCUGCAGAUAUCGUGGCAGAGGUCGAUAACAUGUUUAAUGAUUCACAGCCUAUCGAUCUGUGCAUUGUCAUCGGCACAUCUGGAAGCGUCUGGCCUGCAGCGGGCUUUGCUGACGUCGCGCGGAAGAAGGGCGCAAGAAUCGCAGUUGUGAAUCUCGAUGUGUCUGAUGUGAAGAAUAUGCGGCCCGGGACCGAUUGGGUGUUUGCUGGUGAUGCUGCAGUGGUGGUGCCGGAAUUACUGAAGCCUGUGAUGGGGAGCUUGAGUGGAUGA